GGUUAGCCACGUUAGAUAAGAUAAACGACCUGCGCUGGUGGCGUGACAACGCGAUGAUGCGGAUAGAAGUGAUUAUUCUGGGAGUAUUGUGGAGUGGAGCUGAAAGAGAAAAUAACAAGCGAAGGCUCAGCGCUGAUUAAAUGAAAAACCAUACAAUGCGUAAACAUUUCACCGGAUCUGGAGGUUUUGGUGAGAGUUUGCGGGUUGUACGUACAAAGACAUCACCCGUGAUUCAAUGCGAGAACAAAGAAAUACAUAACGAAGCGGUGAUAUCGCUUCGCGGCCAAAUGAUGGAACCUUCGAAGCGGAAGGGGAGGGGUGAAGAAAGACCUUCUGGGAGGAACAGGAAGAAUGAGGUGUGGAUGAGUUGAUCGACAUCGGGUGAACUGGGAAAGCAGGCACCCUGUUCGGUGAGAAGUCACAAGAGAAUGGACCAGAAUGGAUUGAUCAGACGUAAUAUGUCAUUUAAAUC